UGACAUCCUCAUCCUCCUCACCAUCUUCGCCAACUGCCUCGCCCUCGCCGUCUAUGUGCCCUUCCCCGAGGACGACUCCAACCGCAGCAACGCCAACCUGGAGAAGGUCGAGUACGUGUUCCUGGUGAUCUUCACGGUGGAGGCCUUCCUCAAGAUCAUGGCCUACGGCCUCCUCGUUCAUCCAAACGCCUACCUGCGCAACGGGUGGAACCUCCUGGACUUUGUCAUCGUGGUGGUGGGGCUCUUCUCCGUGGUGCUGGAGCACACGACCAAGGUGAACGAUGGCGGAGGGGGGGCCGUGAUGGCGAGCAAGGGGGGCGGCUUCGACGUCAAGGCCCUGAGGGCGUUCCGCGUGCUGAGGCCUCUGCGACUCGUGUCUGGGGUGCCCAGUCUUCAGGUCGUCCUCAACUCCAUCAUCAAGGCCAUGGUGCCUCUGCUGCACAUCGCCCUCCUCGUUCUCUUCGUCAUCAUCAUCUACGCCAUCAUCGGCCUCGAGCUUUUCAUGGGCAGAAUGCACAAGACCUGCUUCCUCAACUACUCGGAGAUGGUCGCGGAGGACGAGCCAGCCCCGUGCGCGUACCUGGGCCACGGGCGGCAGUGCCACGACAACGGCACGAGCUGCCGCUCGGGAUGGGCCGGCCCCAACGAGGGCAUCACCAACUUCGACAAUUUCGGCUUCGCGAUGCUCACCGUGUUCCAGUGCAUCACCAUGGAGGGCUGGACCGACGUGCUCUACUGGAUGCAAGACGCCAUUGGCUACGAACUGCCAUGGGUCUACUUCGUCAGUCUCGUCAUCUUUGGAUCAUUCUUCGUUCUAAACCUCGUCUUGGGAGUGCUGAGCGGGGAAUUCUCAAAGGAGCGAGAGAAGGCGAAAGCACGGGGCGACUUCCAGAAACUGCGUGAGAAGCAGCAGCUGGAGGAGGAUUUGCGGGGGUACCUGGACUGGAUCACUCAGGCCGAGGACAUCGACCCCGAGAACGAGGAGGAGGGCAAGGAGGAGGCACGCCUCGCCAGUGCCCCGGCGAGUGAGUCGGAGUCGGCCAACACGGAGAACGUGGGGAGCGGGGAGCUGGAGAGCCUCUCGGUCUGCGCCCGGGUCGUGCACAGAAUUUCCAAGUCUAAAUACAGCCGACGGUGGCGUCGAUGGAACCGCUUCUGGCGCCGGAAGUGCCGAGCGGCGGUGAAGUCGACGGCGUUCUACUGGAUGGUGAUCGUGCUGGUGUUCCUCAACACGCUCACCAUCGCCUCGGAGCACUACGAGCAGAUGCAGUGGCUCACGCACGUGCAGGACACGGCCAACAAGGUUCUGCUGGCGCUCUUCACCCUGGAGAUGCUCGUGAAGAUCUACAGCCUGGGCCUGCAGGCCUACUUUGUGUCACUCUUCAACCGAUUUGACUGCUUCGUGGUAUGUGGCGGCAUCGUGGAGACGAUCCUCGUCGAGCUGAAGGUGAUGUCCCCCCUGGGUAUCUCCGUGCUCCGAUGCGUCAGGCUGCUGCGGAUCUUCAAAGCCACGAGGUACUGGAACUCUCUGAGUAACCUGGUGGCAUCGCUGCUCAACUCGAUGCGAUCCAUCGCGUCGCUGCUCCUGCUGCUCUUCCUCUUCAUCAUCAUCUUCUCGCUGCUCGGGAUGCAGCUCUUCGGGGGCAAGUUCAACUUCGACGAGACGCAGGUCCGCCGCUCGUCCUUCGACAACUUCCCCACUGCGCUGCUCACCGUCUUCCAGAUCCUCACUGGAGAGGAUUGGAACUCUGUGAUGUACGAUGGCAUCAGGGCGUACGGGGGUCCUUCCUUCCCAGGGAUGCUCGUCUGCAUCUACUUCAUCAUCCUCUUCAUCUGCGGGAACUACAUUCUGCUCAAUGUGUUCUUGGCCAUCGCCGUGGACAACCUGGCAGACGCGGAGAGCCUCACGUCAGCUCAGCGUGAAGCGGAGGAGGAGAAGGAGAGGAAGAAGAUCGCCAGCGGUAGUCCCGAGAAGAAGCCCAAGGAGGAGUCACGGGAGGCCAACGGAACCGAGGAGAUCAUGGAGCUGAAGGCCAUCACCCCGGACAGCACCACCAAGAUUCCUCUGGAUGACCCAGAUGGAGAGGAUGACAAGGAGAAGGACCCAUACCCUCCCAGCGAGUACCCAGGCGAUGACGACGAGAGUGAGCCCGAAGUGCCAAUGGGACCGCGUCCGCGCCGUCUCUCUGAGCUGCAGAUCAAGGAGAAAGUGGUGCCCAUGCCCGAGAGCUCCGCUUUCUUCCUCUUCAGCCACACCAACCCGUUCCGUAUCCUGUGUCACCACAUCAUCAACCACACCAUCUUCACCAACCUCAUCCUCGUCUUCAUCAUGCUCAGCAGCGUCUCGCUUGCGGCUGAGGACCCAAUCCGCUCAACCUCUUUCCGCAACGAGAUCCUGGGCUACUUUGAUUAUGCCUUCACUACCAUCUUCACCAUAGAGAUCAUGCUCAAGAUGACGGCCUACGGCGCGUUUGUGCACAAGGGCUCGUUUUGCCGCAGCUACUUCAACCUCUUGGACCUGCUGGUGGUGGGAGUCUCCCUCAUCUCCUUCGGCAUUCAGUCGAGCGCCAUCUCCGUGGUGAAGAUUCUCCGCGUGCUGCGCGUGCUGCGACCACUGCGCGCCAUCAACCGUGCCAAGGGCCUCAAGCACGUGGUGCAGUGCGUGUUCGUCGCGAUCCGCACCAUCGGCAACAUCAUGAUCGUCACGACGCUGCUGCAGUUCAUCUUCGCCUGCGUGGGUGUUCAGCUGUUCAAGGGCACCUUCUACAGCUGCACGGACGAAGCAAAGCACACGCCGGCCGACUGCAAGGGCCACUUCAUCGUGUACAAGGACGGCGACGUGAACCAGCCGCUCACGAAGCGGCGUGUGUGGCAGAACAACGAGUUCAACUUUGACGACGUGCUCUCGGGCAUGCUCACCCUCUUCACGGUGUCCACCUUUGAGGGCUGGCCCACGCUGCUGCACCGCGCGAUCGACUCUCACGCCGAGGACGUGGGACCCAUCUACAACUACCGCGUCGAAAUCUCGAUCUUCUUCAUCAUCUACAUCAUUAUCAUCGCCUUCUUCAUGAUGAACAUCUUCGUUGGUUUCGUCAUCGUCACAUUCCAGGAGCAAGGAGAACAGGAGUACAAGAACUGUGAACUCGACAAGAACCAGAGGCAGUGUGUGGAGUACGCGCUGAAGGCUCGCCCUCUCAGGCGCUACAUCCCCAAGAACCCAUACCAGUACCGUGUCUGGUACGUGGUGAACUCUACCGCCUUCGAGUACCUCAUGUUUGGACUCAUCAUGCUCAACACGCUGUGCCUCGCCAUGCAGCACUACGGGCAGUCAAAGUCGUUUCGGGAGGCGAUGGACGCGUUUAACAUGCUCUUCACCGGGCUCUUCACUGCCGAGAUGAUUCUCAAACUCGUCGCUUUCAAGCCCAGGGGUUACUUUAGCGACCCAUGGAACGUGUUUGACUUCCUCAUCGUAAUUGGCAGCAUCAUUGACGUCAUUCUGAGUGAGCUGAAUACGCCAGAGCACACGACCCUCACGGAAGUCGUAUUGAACUCGGGCAGCGCCGCCGAGGACAACAACCGCAUCUCCAUCACGUUCUUCCGCCUCUUCCGCGUGCUGCGCCUCGUCAAGCUGCUGAGCCGCGGCGAGGGUAUCCGCACGCUACUCUGGACCUUCAUCAAGUCUUUCCAGGCCCUGCCGUAUGUCGCUCUCCUCAUUGUCAUGCUCUUCUUCAUCUACGCCGUCAUUGGCAUGCAGAUGUUCGGUAAAAUUGCCAUGCAAGACGGCUCGCAGAUCAACAGGAACAACAACUUCCAGACGUUUCCGCAGGCCGUGCUGCUGCUGUUCAGGUGUGCGACGGGCGAGGCGUGGCAGGACAUCAUGCUGGCCUGCAUGCCGGGCCGGCGCUGUGACCCUGACGCUGACGCCAGCGUGGGCGAGGAGUUCUCCUGUGGAUCCAGCUUUGCCAUCUUCUACUUCGUCAGCUUCUACAUGCUUUGUGCCUUCCUGAUCAUCAACCUCUUCGUGGCCGUAAUCAUGGACAACUUUGACUACCUAACACGUGACUGGUCCAUCCUGGGUCCCCACCAUCUGGACGAGUUCAAGAGGAUCUGGGCAGAGUACGACCCCGAGGCCAAGGGCCGGAUCAAGCACGUGGACGUGGUGACGCUGCUCAGACGCAUUCAGCCGCCCCUCGGCUUCGGGAAGUUGUGCCCGCACCGCGUCGCCUGCAAGCGCCUCGUCUCCAUGAACAUGCCUCUCAACAGCGACGGCACCGUCAUGUUCAACGCAACGCUCUUUGCCCUCGUCCGCACUUCGCUCAAAAUCAAAACGGACGGAAACCUUGAGCAGGCCAACGAGGAACUGCGAGCUGUCAUCAAGAAAAUCUGGAAGCGGACAAACAUGAAGCUCUUGGAUCAAGUGGUUCCCCCUGCUGGAGCAGAUGAUGAGGUGACCGUGGGGAAGUUCUACGCCACCUUCCUCAUCCAGGACUACUUCCGCAAGUUCAAGAAGCGCAAGGAGCUGGGGGCACUGGGGAUUGGGCCUAGGAACACCAUCGCCCUGCAGGCUGGGCUAAGAACGCUGCACGACAUGGGCCCUGAGAUCCGACGCGCGAUCUCGGGGGAGCUGCAGGAGGACGAUGACCUGGAGAGUGGCGCUGAUGGCGAGGAGGGCAUAUUCCGGCGGUCUGGGGGGCUCUUCUCAAACCACGUGAGCUGCUACCCAGGCGAGCGUCGUGCUUCACUGCCCCAGACACUGGCCACGCGGCGCCCUCUACAGAUCCAGCGUCCCCCCAGCACCCCACCACCCGCAUCGACCAGCCAGCUGAUGGGCAACCACCAUCACCACCAUCAUCACCGCCACCAUUACCACCCACGGCAGCGGCAGCCUGCCCCCCUGGCGUUUGCGAACUCGCAUCACCCGAACGUGCAGACGCAGCAGACGCAGCAUGACGGAAGUUGCAGCGGAGAAAGCGAUGGGAAGAACCUCGCGGUGCCAGAAGAUUCGAUCGACGACAACAACAACGAGGAUGACGGCGAGGAAGAGGAGGAGGUGGCGGGUUGCGGCGACGAGGACAACGACGACGGCGACGACGGUGGCGGCGGGCGGCGUUUGCCAGACGCGGACAACGCGGCGGCCGACGAUCGUUGGAGCGAGCGUCACCCGCGGGGUUCCCCGUCCAGCUCCAACUCAAACCUGAACAACAACGCGAGAGGCCCGUCGCCGCCGCCGUCUCCUCCUCCGCCGCCACCGCCCCCUCGCUGCGUGCCGCCGGGCAUCCAGGAGGCCCUGCUGCUGCAGGUGGUGAGCACGGUGGCCUGUGCGGCCCGCGCGGGGCCCGCGCCGUCGGCGGGAGCAGGCGGCUGCGCGGGUUGCAGAGCAGCCGAGGCGGUGGAGCCCGCUGGGCGGAGCGAUGUGACAGGCGGCAAGGAGGAUGCGGUGACCAGGCGAGGGAGUGGAGGAGCGUCACCGAGCAUCACGGGGAGCUUGAGGAGGAGGCGGUACUAUGAGGCUCUGAUCCGCCUGGAGUCGGCUCCCGGACUGGUUCCCGUCAUCCGCGCAGAGGAGCCACCUGGAACGGCGGAACAAGACCCCCGCGAGUCGUGGGGGGGCCCAGCGGGGACGCCCGGGGUCCUGGCAGAGUCCGGGGACUCUGGGGACCUGGGUGAUGCCGGUGACCAGGCAGGGAUGACCCUGGAGAGGCACCCAAGUCGGCGCGAGGGCCGAGGCUGGGGUCGCCGCGUCCGGCGUUUCCCGCUGGGGUUUGAGCGACACAGUUACCACGGCGACGUGCACGCCGAUCGGCCCAGCCUCCUCUCCCAGCAGCCCCUGCUGCCCCCGACGCCCCCAGGGCGGCGUAAGUCCUUCAACAUGGAGUGCUGGAAAAGGCAGGGUACCCAAAGCAUCACAGGAGAGGUGACCUUGCCGCCCAGCCAACGUAGCACCUGCCUCCCCCUGCUGAUGUCACAGCUGCAGGCGGCAACGGGAGACGGGAGCGAGGCGGCUGGGGGCCACGGCGAGGCACGCGCGAUCUCGUGCUCGACGCACGCGUGGAGCACGCCGCCGUCGUCGCCCGCGCGCGGACGCCGCGGCUGCCCCCACCUCUACACGCCCGCCAUCCAGGUGGAGUGUUCCUCCUCCCCGGCUGACAGAGAGGGGAGUAUAACCCGGGCGUUGGGGGCCCGGGGUCAUGGGGCCCGCCACUCGUGGGGGUCCGAGACCCCCAGUGCCGCGUCGCUCUCCCUCAUGCCGCUGCCCUCCCCACGUCGGCACCACCGCGGGAGCGCCGACAGCCUCGUACAGGCAGUGCUGAUUUCGGAGGGGCUGGGCCUGUUCGCUCGUGACCGGCGCUUCGUGUCGGUGAUGAAGCGCGAGCUGGCGGACGCAUGCGACAUGACGGUGGACGAGAUGGAGAGCGCCGCCAGCGACCUCCUUAACGGCGCCGAUGAGGGCCACGACGACACCUCCUCGAGUCGUGAGCCGCUCUUCCCCGGCCACUUCCACCGAGGGGGUUACGGCGGCGACGAAGAGGGCGGCGACGAAGAGGGUGGCGACGAAGAGGGCGGCGAUGAAGAGGGCGGCGACGAAGAGGGCGACGACAAUCUGCGGCCGGGCGGCGAGCGGAGACGCCUGUACGAGCGAGAGCUGGAAGACGAGAUGAUUUGCAUCACCAAGUUAUAGCAGCGGCUGCCGGGGUGCGAGCGCCACGCGCCGCCGGGCUGGUUUCGGCUGCGCCGGGCGCAGGCAGGCGCAGGUGGGCGCGGCCCGGGCAAUCACGGCCCAGAUGUUCGGGUCGCUCGAUCCAGUGCCUCGCUUACGACCAUGCGCGUUGAACCGCUUGGGAACAGCUACGAAGGCCCAGGGCGGCACUGCGUCCGGCCUGGCCUAGCCCGGCCUGGUCAACCAGCUCACCCCACUGCUGAGCCGAGUCUCACGCCAGAAUAACGCACGCGGUUUCGUGGCACGUAAGCCACUCGCGUAAAAACCUGCAUCAUUUCCAUCUGCCGUCGGCCAGAGCGAUGAUUGUUGUUGUUUUUCAUACUUAUUCGUUCUUGUUGAUCAAACCAGAAUGUAAUUUUCUUGAAAUUAGUUUUUUUAAACGCUGUGCAUAACAUCGUGACAUACCUUCGAUGAAGGGAUGAUUGUGCGUGUGUUUUAACUGAUUCUGUCAUGCAGAGGACCACACUUCCAAAGACCACGAGCGGUGAAAAAGAAGUUUAAUGUGUGCCCUUUUCAUUGAAAAAUGGCCUUGCAGAAUUUCAGUUCACGGUUCUGUGGAUCUUGAGAAUAUUUCGCUAGGGUGCAGUGGCGAUUUUUUUUCUCGUCUAACCAAGAGGCGUCGUUAAACGGGGCGGGAAUGUGCCACUGGGAAAUCGGUAUUGAGAUGCCUCAUUUUCUCUGCUCAUCAUAGAUUAGCAGAAGUUAGCGUUCGAGUCACUCUGAGUUGUGUGGUAACGCCAACUCCAGAUCGAGUGCGUGGGAGAUAUUCCCGGUGGGGGUAGUUCCUCCCCUUGGCUGCUCGAAGAUGGGAACGAGGCCCUGGGCCCCCACAAUGCACUUUUGCCCGUUGCGCUCUAUUGGGCUGUUGCGGUGAGAUACUAUCAUUGCCGGCUGCGCAUAAGUGAUGUUCUAACGGGUGAGGCAGGAUCAAUGGGAUUGUUUGUAACUUGCGGCUAGUUCCGCGCAGUCAUGGAGGGUUUUCGUCGCUUCCGGUGCAUACGUCCGUGCAUAUUUUGUAUUUUUGCACUGAGCCGCUCUCUACAUUGCAGGAGGGUUCUCGUUUGGUUUUCUCUCCUCCCCAUCAUGACCGCCCCCCACCCCCCGAUCGAGUCCCCUUUUCGUGUGUCCCACAACCAACCCCUUUGUACUGCACGUAGAACUUCUUUCGCACCGUACGUAGCCAACCGCGCUCAUCGGAGGUGCGUUGUAUAAUUUAAGUCCAUGAUGCGAAAUUAGAAUUUAGUUUGCAGGGGUGGGUGGGACGGCGAGUGGGCGGGACGGCGAGUGGGUGGGAGGGAAGAGGCAAGGGAGACGGGUAUAUUUUUUCGACACGCUUGUUUCUCUUGAGCAGUUCCACUGGUGAUGAUGUUUACACGAGACAGCGAGCGGCCGUGUGGACAUGACAAGCUAAUAGCUCGCUUCGCUCGUGUCUGCGUGCGCUCGGGGAAGGCCUCAAUGCAGCUGCAUCCCUCGCUUUGGGCUCCGUUCUUAGUGAGGCGACGAAGGGAAGGGAUGGAGCAGGGAAGGGAUUAUGUUGAACUUCUUUCGCACCGUACAUAGCCAAUCAUGCUAUGGAGAAGGUAGCGGAUGCAGAAGCAGGGGAUCCAUGGGGAAGGGAAGGGGAUGGAGGAGAAAGGGAGGAAGGCGAAAAAGGGAAGGGGCGAAAAAGAUGCGAAGAGAGGGGAUGGAGGAUGAAAGAGAUGAAGGCAAUGAAUGAAGAUGGCAAUGGAUGAAAAGGGGAAGAGAUGGAGGAGCAGGGAAAGGUUGGAAAUGGUAGGGGUGGAUCAGGGAUUGGAUGGAGGAAAAGGGAGAUGGAGGAGAACGCAGGGGCUGGAGGGGAAGGGAUGGAUGAGAAAAGGAAGAUCGGGCUACUUGUAAAUCAGCCCAACUUAAAAGGCAACUUCAGUCGGCCAGAAAAUUACUGAGAUGGAACAGAGUGGUGGAGUGGCCUCACUUCAGGAAGGACUGGUUUCUGCAGUUUACCAGUGGCCCAAUCCAUCCUGCGGUGGGGGAGAUGGAUGGAUAGGUGAGCAGUGUGGCCCUUUCUCAUUGCUUGUCGGGAUGUACACGUUCGACCUCUAGAGCGACGAUAAAAGGGCGUACGUUUCUUUUUAAGAUGACACUUGCACUUUCUUGAUGCGUACAACAAAACUUGCCAAAUCCUGCCCCCCGCCCUCUGCACCAUCGCUUCAAUGCAUGAAAAUCAACAAAUUGCCCAACUGAGAGGCACCUCGCGUAGGCCCUAAGGCCCCCCCUCCCCUGGUCUCCGCUCCCUCUAUUGGUGGUGUGGGGGGGAUGAUGCGGGAUGCGGGCUCAAGGCCCCAGUGAUGAAGUGAUCCGGCGUGCGAGUCGCACGGAUUUAAGUUAUGACUUUAUAUGUGUAUAAAACAUUACAGAGGAUAAGAGGGGAUGGUGCGUUACAUGCGUAAAAAAAGAUAACUACUUUUACACUAUUGUAAUAUAUUCGUAAUGUAUUUGUAAGGAAGAAAUGUUCUCUAUAUUUGUAAUUUAGGGUGUGAACCUGUCAAAAGCGUUUUUAUUGUUUGAGACUCCCGUGUGGGUGGUUGUCGGGCGGUGACUAAAACAUCACAGAGGCAGAGCCGCCGGGAAGUGAUCGAGCGCAACGAGGUUCUCUUGCCUCUGCUCGGGCCUGACUACAGAACUCGGACAAUUCGAGAAGACUUUUGCCGUGCCUAUUAAUUCCACAAGGGAAAUUGAAACAAAUUAACGUCGUAAAGUCUGGAGAGAACGUAGUUAUGGGCGGGACCAUUCUUGCCUCGAUUGGCAAAGUAAAUCAAGGUAUACCGAUCAUUAAUGAAACUAACAAGUCAACAUUAAUUCUAACAAAAUAAUAUAACAUAAACAUUAAAAACGUAAAUGUACUUCUACCACGAGCCGGCCAUGUACGAGGGUUGGCCUCGUGCUGCAUGGGCUUUGUCUUCCUGGCAGCCGAUUGGCCGCUGCAGUGGGAGGUGAUGACAUCAUUCCUAGCAAUCGCUGCCGUACGCCCAGUUUUGCUAUCUUAUUCGGACACCCCAAUUUAGCAUGGGGUGUUUUUAGUUUGGUCUUAUGGAAUUUCGGAUCUCCCUACAAUUACUGCCUGUCGGACUUUCUAAGCGUUUCCUGAACUCAGGCCCUGGUUCAAGUUGCCGCUGCCUCUGUAACACGACCCGUGCUGGCACGGUGGAGCAAUGCAGGAGGAAGGGGACCUGUGUGUGGAACGUGCCUCUGUUCGUACUCGGGUUGUUGAGACCAUUGUUUUUGCUUAACCGGUAACUGCAUGGAAGACAUUAAACCCAGUUACAGGUGUGCUGCACUUAUAGAAAUGUCGAGAGCAGUAAACAUAGCACGUUCACCUUUUUAACUGUGUAAUGAAGGGAACUGCCGUGUCCAAUGGUUAGCACACUGGACUUGCAAUCCAAAGGUCGCCACUUUUAUUCCAUCUCCCGAUGAGGCAGUUGGAACAAUGAUAGCAAGUUUCUCAAAUCCCUCACCCCAUCGCCUCUGUGCACCCAGCAGUGUGAAUUAAUGAUAUAUCGUAGUUGAUCACCAGGUCGCGUACGGUGGGGAAACGCGUGGGCACGCUCACGUCUGGUCAGCGUGAAACAAAAGACCAAAUACCACCAGAGCUCCCUCUCGUGGAGGCCUUCUGCUAUCAGUGGAAUGAGCAAGGAAUUGCAGGGCUGCAUGUACCCUUGUCAACUGACAAACGCCUGUGCCAAUUAGUGUAUUUGUUACGAAAAUUCCACUCGAAAUAAUUACACCUUCCUGACUUUUGGAACCGGGAAUCCAGUUACUGUUUCACCGCUCGCGGUUAACAGCCCUCCUCCACACGUAUCACUACCGUGGUUUGCGGUAUCCCAUGUUGCCUCCGUGAAUUCUGAUGCACACACAUACGUUGCAUGUGUCCUGUGUUGCAACCAUAAGUCUGCGUGUGUCAUUACUCCAGCAAUGAAUAUGUUCAUAAUUAUUGCUUGACGCUGGUACUGGUGACCAUGGAAACGCAUCGCUUUGUUAAAGCUCAGUUGGUCCGUGGGACAAGAUAGAACAUGGAACUGUCAGUGAUAGCAAAACUUCUGGAUGGGCAGUCCUACCAAUUAAUCUACCUGGACAAUUACAAAGUGAUUUUCUGCUCGUAUAAGUAUUGGAGGCAAUGCUCACCUUCUUACAGCCCUGAGCUGGCGGAGGUGAAAAUGUCACAUUCCCAUGGUGGGGAAGAGUUUGUCCAUAGGACAACCACUGUUGAUCUUCGCUACAUAGUGGUCUUUAUUUUUUCGGCCCCAGAGGGAUGAUAGGCAGAGUACCCCCCAGUCAGAAUCUUAACUUGCAACCUUCCGAUUGUGAGUCACUAUCUCUACCGUUGAGCCAACCUGGUCGUUUGUAGCAAAUUUUAAUGAAAUUAUAUGAUAACUUUUUCAGCGUUAUCACAUCCAAGUGCUGUAUUCGUUUGUAAUUACGGCCCUCAACAAAACAUAAGUACGUUCCCACAGCUCAAUAAACGAUCUAUAUAUCUAUCUCAAGGGGUACAGCACGAACAAAUAAAAUAUCUGAUCCAUAUUUGUUUUUGGGUUCGAUCAUAUGGCCUAACCCAACAACUAAUAUGGAUCAUUGUAUUGGCUAUGAAAACCUACGUUUUCAGUUCAGUGAGAUAUGUUUGGGCCGAUGGAAUAAACCAGUUUUGAACAAACAGAACUGGUUAUAAAUAUACUCAUACAAAUAUAUGAAUAUAAACUUUUGACCAUGCUGUGAAAAGAUUGGGUUUAACAAAGGAGUGAGUCUGCAUAACUACCCAAGGACACGCGAGAUUUGGUGUUCUCAGCCUAUGGUUGGGUGUGGGUUUACAUUCGCCUCUCAUUUUCAUGUCUUCAGAAAAAAAAACAGUGAUGGGUUCGGGUAUUCGAAUUGAGUGUACGAUAUGUUGGCUUUAUAUGCCCAGUCGAGCGAAUGCCCCGCAAUUUGAAUGUCCCCAGUUCAACUCUGAGUUUAGGGGUCGACUCAACCCAUCAUCCCUCCGGGGUUGAAAAAUAAGUAUACAUUUUUGUGAGAAUCAACAGCGGUCAUAUUACAUAGAGACUCGUCCACACCAUAGGAGUAUGGAAAGUAUAUUCCUAGCUCAGAACUGUGCUCUUUUGAGCAGAACAUCACUUUGACGAUUUGAAUGUGCCCACUGUAAACCCAAUCAACUCACAUGUCGUGUAACCUGGUUGGUAACAUUUUACAUUCUCUGACUUACAUAGCACCAUGCAAAGUUCAAAUGAUGUGCACUAUGUGUGAGUUGUUCGUGUGUGUGUGUGUGUCUUUGUACUUGAUCAGGGUUGUGAACGUCAGAACUGGGGAGACAAAAGCAACUGGGAGCGGUCCUGGCAACAUCACUUCCUCGUGUGUGGCGUAGCAGCCUUCAUAGAUGUUGUAAUAAGGCAGAACUUGCUCCCACAGCCUGUGAGCUUGUGUGUGCUAUGGGAUCUGUCUAAACCCUCGGUAAUGCAAAGAAUGGUGUCUUUUGUGUAUUGGCGUGCAUAUUUUGUACACAGUACUUGUGUGUGCGCUGUUAAAAGCAAAACAACUACUGUACCGCAUUGUGCUGUCACAAUUUGCCAAGAGGACCCACUCCAUUCCACGAAUGGGUGCGAAUCCACGCCAGACUUUCCUCCGUCGCCGCCCCCCUCCACCCACAGUGAGGUUCACUCAGAGGAGCAUGUGUUUUAUUUACAGAACUUGGUACUUUCAGAUUCAGGGAUAUCUGGAAGUGAAAGCAAGGCAAUGCUGUGUGUGGUUUAAUUAAAAGUGAAACUGGUGGCAUCAGGAGGCUCAGAAUGUUGUUGGCAGUUGAGUCGGUUACAAAUUCCGUCCCAGGGUUUUAUAGACUUGGAUAAUAAGUGUGUAGGUGGACUCAUUGAGUGACUGAUAUCAUUGGAAUGUGCCGGCCUUGACUUCUCAAAUAGAGACCCAUAUAUCCACAUAGAGACCAGAGACUCACACAGGCACCUGUAGACUCACAUGGAGACCCAUGGGUAGCUGAACAGUUCUUGCAGUGGCUUCUUACACCACACAAAGACCCAAAGACUGCAUCGCUGGAUGACGUACUCCUCAAGCCGCCGCUAACGCAGCCUCUCACAAUCUUGUGAUGCAACAAUCCAUCUAACACCUGCACAUGCAUUUAUUUAAUCAGUCCAUCUGGGUGUGUGGACCCUAUUGGACACAUUCCAUUCCUUGGCUGCCACUUUGUCGCAAUUCUUUACCAUCAUCCACCAUCCCUUCUAGCCUUCACGCACCCUGUCCAAGCACACUUUCUUAAUCAUUUGGAAAAUGUCAUUAACCUGCAUAUGUUCUAUAUGCCAUGUAUGCCUCGUCAUGCCACUCACAGUCAUUCCAAGCAUGUGCCUCUCCAAGUCGAAAUGGACAUUUAAUUAUUUUUUUUCACAAGACUGUUUCUGGACCAUCUAGCAUAGCAGGUAUUAAAUCUACUGAGGUGCACAACCUGAGAAUGGAAAAUGAGGGGCAGACUUUUUUGUCUCUUCAAACUGGACACACGGGCCCCCACUGAGCAUCCAGGUGGUUUACGAUACUCACGGUGAUUCAGCUUCUUCACUCACGUUUCACAUUAUUUCCCCGUGCAAUCAAGUUUUGUUUAAAUCGUGAAGCCCAAGCAGCUUGAAGAUUUAAUUCAGCUGUUUGUACCCCUCCCUCCUUCCUUCACUGUCUUGAGAGACUGUGGUAUGUAUGCUUUUGACAGUAGAGUGGCACAAUGGUAACACAACAGCAAGGGUCGCGGUUCGAUUCCCAAUUCGGGCGCAUUUUUGCGUGGAGUUUGUUUUAUCCCUCUGCUGAAUGGGUUUCCUCAUAUAGCUAAAAACACACAAUGUAACUGGUGUUGGCCAAAACAUCUCAAUGUUGCAAAAUUACCUGCAAUUUACUGAAAUGGGUUUACACAAAGCAGUAGCAUCAUUGCUCCUUGUGCAAAAACUUGGCGGAACCCUCCUGAAAGUGUAUUGCGACUCAGUGAGGCUUUUCUGGCUUAACAAGGAUAAUAUAAAUUUCGAUUUAAAGCUUUCGUGACUGCAGGGAUUCAUCUUCUUGUUUCUUUCGGUAAAGUCACGUAGAAGGGAAGUAUUAUUAUGU